AAACCAUUCCCAUCCUGCCAGAUGACGACUUUGUCGGAACCUUUCACUUCAGCUAUUUGAUCAAGGACGCGCGACGGCCAGAUAUGCAGCCAUCGCCUGGCUACACUCUCCAGGGCACCUUCAAGACGCUCCCGCGCCCAGCCGAGCACCCCAAGCGCUGGCCUCUCGUGUCAACCUCGUGCAUCAAGCCCUUCUACGCCUCUCCCUCGUGGACGCCGCGCCUGCGGUCCAUGGCCUGGCUGCACGCCUACGAUGACCACGAGAUCCACAACGACUGGGCCGCCAAUGAGACGGGGCUGUACCGCGACGCCAUGGCGCCCUACAGCGCCUACCAGGGCCGCGCAAACCCGCCGCCGGCCGAAGAGGGCAACACACACUACGAGUUCCGCCGCGGGGGCGUGUCCUUCUUCGUGCUCGACACCAGGCGGUACAGGAUGUCUCGAUCCACUCCCAUCCUUGGGGCAACUCCUAGUUUGGUAUUGUCACCUUUGACACAUCCACGAAAGGUUGGCUGCUGGUCCACUACGAUUUAG